AUGGAGUCCCAGCCUACAGCCAAGGCGCUGCACAAUCGCAUCAACACCGAUAUCUCGCAACUGCUACAGCGGUUCGAGAAUAUCAUGGCAACAGCUACUGUCGACAAUCCAAGCUACACCUCCACGGCCGUGGAAACAUACCAGCUAGAUGUGGAAUCGACUGCGCUGAUCCGCGCCGCAGAAGAUCUCCUCGGCCUAACCCGAACAAUGAAAGAAACAUGGCUCUUCGGAAAAUUAGAUACACUUGGCGAGAGUGCGCGCGAUGUCGAGCGGAGAGAGAAGCUGGAUCAGGAUGCGCAGGCUGUGCAGAAGGCUAUUGAGGGUGGAUUGUUGAUGCCUUCUGUCGAGAAGUGA